AUGAACACCUGCACACGAUCACUAAUUUUGCUCAUUCUCCUAUCCAUCGGGAAAAUUUUUGCUGAUCAUGGAAACAUGCGACACUCAACGAAGGAUAUUGAACCGGCUAUAUUUAUCGAAGAAGUACCUCUAGUUGUCCCUCAAAAGACCCCAAUUAACAUUGACCUCACCAGAGACCCGUCCCACGAGGUCAUGGUAAUAAAAAUUGACGAGACCUCUGAGGAUAUCCAUUACAUGAUCAGACCGGAACUUGAUGAAAAUUACAAAAUCGCUGACAUUUCUGAAAACGGUCGAGUAAUUUCUGAGGACAGUGAUCGAAUUGUGGAAAGACUAGUCUACUUUCACAGAGAAUAUGAUGGUGCAAAAGUAAUCAAAAGCAUUGACAAAUACAUUAAUGACGAUGGAAACACAGCUAGGGAGAUUCUGGAAUUUAUAAAGAGGCAAGAAGAUGAUCGUUACGUGCCACUUGUGAGAUACCCAGUAGACGUAGACCUACUGUCUGCCGAUAUUCCCAACGAGAUUGAGCGUAUUGCAUAUACGUCACCAGAAACCAAAACCUUCAAGAUACGGGCACACUUGGCAAAUCGUGCAUACAUUGGUGUAGUGAAAUAUGGUGGUAUCACAGUGACUAGCCUACUAAGUAAUGAUAUUAUAUCAAGGCAAAUCGUCCUGGAUACAAGCGAGACGCAUCCAGUGAUCCGGAUAGCAUCCCACAUGAGAAACAAAAGCGUAAUCUAUUCACGAUACAAGUUUGUGGUGGAAGAAAAUGUAGGAACAAUAAUUCACGAAGAAGAGGAGGAAGUUCAUUGA